UUUCCCCGCAAGAACACUCCCCAAGAUGGCAGAGGAGAACAGCACUACCAGGGACUGCGUGUCCUUCAGCGUGCUCAACUGGGAUCAGGUUAGCCGGCUGCAUGAGGUCCUGACCGAGGUCGUACCCAUCCAUGGACGAGGCAACUUUCCAACCUUGGAGAUAACCCUGAAGGACAUCGUCCAGACCGUGCGCGGCCGGCUGGAGGAGGCAGGCAUCAAAGUGCAGGACGUCCGGCUGAACGGCUCCGCAGCGGGCCACGUCUUGGUCAAAGACAAUGGCCUGGGUUGCAAAGACCUGGACCUGAUCUUUCACGUGGCUCUUCCCACGGAGACAGAAUUUCAGCUGGUCAGAGAUGUGGUGCUGUGCUCCCUUCUGAACUUCCUGCCGGAGGGCGUGAACAAGCUCAAGAUCAGCCCGGUCACCCUGAAGGAGGCGUACGUCCAGAAGCUGGUGAAGGUCUGCACGGACACUGACCGCUGGAGCCUGAUUUCCCUCUCCAACAAGAACGGGAGGAACGUGGAGCUGAAAUUCGUCGACUCCAUCCGGCGCCAGUUUGAGUUUAGCGUGGACUCUUUUCAGAUCAUCCUGGACUCUCUGCUCUUCUUCUACGACUGCUCCAGCAGCCCCAUCUCUGAGCACGUCCACCCCACGGUGAUCGGGGAGAGCGUGUAUGGGGACUUUGAGGAAGCCUUCGACCACCUGCAGAACAGACUGAUCGCCACCAAGAACCCCGAAGAGAUCAGGGGUGGGGGACUGCUCAAGUACAGCAACCUCCUCGUGCGGGACUUCCGGCCCACAGACCAGGAAGAAAUCAAAACUCUGGAGCGUUACAUGUGUUCCAGGUUUUUCAUCGACUUCCCGGACAUCCUUGAACAGCAAAGGAAGCUGGAGACCUACCUUCAAAACCACUUUGCCGAAGAAGAGAGGAGCAAGUACGACUACCUCAUGAUCCUUCGCAGGGUAGUGAACGAGAGCACCGUGUGCCUCAUGGGGCACGAGCGGAGGCAGACCCUGAACCUCAUCUCCCUCCUGGCCUUGCGCGUGCUGGCAGAGCAGAACAUCAUCCCCAACGCCACCAACGUCACCUGUUACUACCAACCAGCUCCUUACGUCAGUGAUGGCAACUUCAACAACUACUAUGUUGCCCAUCCUCCCGUCACCUACAGCCAGCCGUACCCUACCUGGCUGCCCUGUAACUAA